AUGGCGGCAGAGUUGUUAGUGCUGGAUGCAGGGGAGGUGGAGUCUCUGGAUUUUCUGCGGGAGCGGCAUGUGCGCUUCUUCCAGCGCUGCCUCCACGUCCUGCCUGAGUGCUACUUCUCCCUGGACACCAGCAGGUUGACAAUUGCAUUUUUCGCACUCUCUGGUCUGGAUAUGUUGGAUUCCUUAGAUGUGGUGAACAAAGAUGAUAUAAUAGAAUGGAUUUAUUCUCUGCAGGUCCUUCCCACAGAAGACAGAUCAAACUUGAAUCGCUGUGGAUUCAGAGGCUCUUCGUACUUAGGGAUUUCAUUCAACCCAUCCAAGGGUCCUGGUAUAUCUCAUCCCUAUGACAGUGGGCAUAUAGCAAUGACUUACACAGGUCUGUCAUGUCUGGUUAUUCUUGGAGAUGAUUUAAGUCGAGUAAAUAAAGAUGCCUUAUUGGAAGGACUGAAAGCUCUCCAGUUGGAGGAUGGAAGUUUCUGUGCUGUGCUGGAAGGAAGUGAGAAUGAUAUGAGAUUUGUGUACUGUGCUUCCUGCAUCUGCUACAUGCUUGAUAACUGGUCAGGCAUGGAUAUAAAAAAAACAAUAGACUACAUUAGAAGAAGUAUGUCUUAUGAUAAUGGCCUGGCACAAGGCGCUGGACUGGAAUCUCAUGGUGGCUCUACAUUUUGUGGUAUUGCGUCACUAUGUUUGAUGGGUAAAUUAGAAGAAGUUUUUUCAGAAAAAGAACUCAACAGAAUAAGAAGGUGGUGUAUAAUGAGACAACAGAAUGGGUACCAUGGGCGACCCAACAAA